AUGGCGAACUUCAUCACGCUUGCAACAUUGGAGAAACCAUCGCUGACUGUGUCCUCCAUCGGGACGCUACUUGCACGACAUUAUGGCCUGCACAUGGUCAGCUGCCAGAAACUUAACAGCUAUGAAGAUUUGAACUUCCGGAUCGAGGUGGAGUCAAACGGAGACAAUUCGAAGGAAACGUGUGGCCUUGAAGCCCAACACGAGAUGAUGUCUCGGGUAUGUGAGAUUGGUAUCUUCACCCCCCGGGCCGUCCCCACCCUCACCGGGCACCUUUACUCGACGGUGAACCUGCCAGACGAGGGCUGCGAGAACACAGACAUCACGGCCUCCCUCUAUGUAGUGCGGCUGUUUGAGUAUAUCCCUGGGAGAAUACUACAGUCUGCCCCCCUCACCCCGGGGCUGUGUUACAAGGUGGGGGUGAUGACAGGCAGAGUUGACACGGCGUUAAAGGGCUUUAACCAUUCUGGUUUCCAUGGCCAAAAAAUAACCUGGCAUCCUGACCAUCUGCCGUUGAUUGUUAACCUGCUACACGUGGUAGAGGACAAUGGUGACAGAGAGAUGGUCAGUGACGUCGUCAAGACAUUUCAAUCACGUGUUCUGGAACACCUGAAUGAAUUUCCACAAGGAACGAUCCAUGGGGAUUUGAACGAAGGGAACAUCUUAGUAACUGAAGCUGCCGAUGACGACAGAUGGGGGGAUGAGCACGAUGUGUCCGCCAUCUUGGAUUAUGGUGACAGUGCUUAUCUGCCAUACAUCUUUGAGGUAGCAAUAGCAAUGGCGUACAUGUCAAUCCUUAGCGACAACAUCCCACCACAAACUGCAUCCGGGUACGUUCUGGCAGGCUAUCUUACCCAGAAUGAUUUGUCCGACAGAGAAAUUGAACUGUUAAAGUUGUGUGUAUGCGCGCGCAUCACCCAGUCACUGGUUAUCGGCGCCUACUCUUUCCAUGUUGAUCCAAGUAACAUCUACACGCUUAACACGGCUAAGAUAGGGUGGCCACGACUUCGUCAACUGUGGGAAAUGGACUCAGAACAGUUGGUCAGAGAUUGGCGGAACAUUGCUGGGACCUGCGAGAAACCACUCUUGGCUGAUGAUGAAGGCGAUGGUGAUGCUGGUGACGCUGCUGCUGCUGCUGAUGAUGAUGAUGACUAA